UGCCAUAAUUAUAAAUACGCCAACAAAUCUAUAAAGAUCGCCAUGUCUUGUGUUUGUGUCUAUCCAUUCCAUUUCUUUCCAACACACACUUUCUCUCUCUAUCUUUGGGUGUCUUUCUUUUUGUUCAUUGUUGAUGAUGUCACGCGCCGCCGUGCUAUUACACGCGCCGGAGGAAGAUGCGGCGGCGGAGGAGUGCUGUACCUCGACUUCGUCGUCGUCGAUCGGGAGGAACAGCGACGUGUCGUCGGAGAGAUCAAUGGAGGAAGGAGAAAACGAGGUGGAAAGUGCUUACCAUGGACCUUUGCAUGCCAUGGAAACUUUGGAAGAGGUUCUUCCCAUCAGGAGAGGCAUCUCGAACUUUUACAAUGGCAAGUCCAAGUCAUUCACGACCCUGGCUGAUGCAGUGUCUUCCCCAUCAGUGAAAGACAUAGCAAAGCCAGAGAAUGCAUACACCAGGAGGCGUAGGAAUUUGAUGGCAUUGAACCAUAUUUGGGACAAGAAUAAUAGAAACUACCCUCUAAGAAGCAGUGGUGGUGGCAUUUGCAAGAGAUCAAUCAGCUUGAGUAGAAGUUCUCUGGCUCUUGCAGUUGCCAUGAACAACUCCGACAGCAGUAGUAGUAUCACAAGCGACGAUUCCGGUUCCAGCUCGAAUUCGAUACCUCCUCCCUCUCCACUACCGCCACUCCAUCCACGAAACAGAGUGUCUUCCUUGCGGAAUUUCUCUCCCUGGAGAUCAUUUUCCUUGACUGAUCUCCAGCAGCAUUGUGCCAUUGCUGCAACAAUAAAGAUUUCAAGUCCCUCCAUUGGAAAUGAAACUGCUCAUCCAUCAUAGUAAUAAACAAAGAGGAUAACAAACUAUAUUAUUAUUAACUUUUAGCUUAUUUGAAUGACUAUCUUGCUCUAGUCCUAUUUGUUUGAGGGAGCAACAAGUUGGAGAAGCAGUGCCUUUGUGUACGUACGAUCACUUCAAAUUAACUUCACUAGGAUAUGAUAUGGCAGUCCUUAGAGCAUUUAACUCCUCCCUUUUU